CCAAAUGUAACACAAUGGGAAAGAUAAUUUUCUACGAGGACAAGAACUUCCAGGGUCGCUCUUAUGAGUCCAGUACUGACUGUACGGACCUGCACACCCAUGUCAGCCGUUGUAACUCAAUCCAAGUGGAGAGUGGCUGCUGGAUGGUAUAUGAGCGCCCCAACUACAUGGGGUACCAGUAUUUCCUGAGAAGGGGCGAGUAUCCUGACUAUCAGCGUUGGAUGGGCUUUAACGAUUGUGUGAAAUCCUGCCGCAUGAUCCCUCAAACUCAGGGAGCUCACAAGAUGAGGAUCUAUGAGCGCUCUGACUUUGGCGGUCAGAUGCUGGAGUUUGCAGAUGACUGCCCCUCCCUUUAUGAUCGAUUCCAUUACAAUGAUAUCCAUUCCUGCAAUGUUAUUGAGGGGAAUUGGCUGUUCUAUGAGCAUCCUAACUACAGAGGCAGGCAGUACCUCCUGAGGCCUGGCGAAUACAGGAGAUACAGUGACUGGGGAGCCGUGAAUUCCAGGAUUGGCUCCAUCAAACGGGUUGCUGCUACUCCAAACUGAGAAGAAAUACAUCAUCAACAUGAAUCAGCAAAGAGUUGAAAUAAAUGAGUUAGGUCCACCUUC